UCGGUUACUAAACUAUAACCUAAAAUCUUUUGUUUAGUUAAAUAAUGCACGUGUGUUAAAAAAUGAUUAGUUUGGUAGUUAAUAUAACGGAAAAAAUAAAUUAAACACUCGUUUUUUUGAAGAUUAUUAGCGAGACCAAAAUAUAAAAAUUUUUAAAAUGCCUUCAAAUAACAAAGAAGUUCAAUCCCCAACGGAAAAUUCCCUUAUAGAAUGCGAAGAACAAGAUGGAAAAGUUAAAUUAAAAAAAGAAUUGGGGCUGUUGGAAGGGGUGGCCAUAGUUUUGGGGAUUAUGUUCGGAUCUGGUAUUUUCAUAUCUCCGAAAGGCGUAAUUCAAGAAGUAGAUUCCGUGGGGUUUUCUCUAGUGAUAUGGGUGUUAUGUGGACUAUUAUCAAUGAUUGGUGCCUUAUGCUAUGCCGAAUUGGGCACAGCUAUACCCAAAUCAGGGGGGGAUUAUGCAUAUAUUCAUGAGGCCUUUGGCCCCCUACCAUCAUUUUUAUACCUGUGGGCCGCCAAUCUAAUUUUUGUACCAACAACAAAUUCCAUUAUGGGCCUUACAUUUGCCAAAUAUGUGAUACAACCAUUUUUUCCCAACUGUGAUAUGCCUGAUGUUGGAGUUAGAUUAGUUGCUGCGGCAGUUAUAUGUUUUCUGUCGUUCAUAAACGGGUACAACGUGAAGGCGACGCUGAAACUCCAAAACGUGUUCAUGUUCUGCAAGAUAGGCGCCUUAGUGUCGAUAAUAAUGAUCGGGGUGGCGUGGAUGGGCAUGGGGAACGUGUCGCAUUUCGAGAACGCGUUCGCCAACUCGAACACGAACCCGGGAAAGAUCGCCAAGGCCUUCUACUCGGGCAUUUUCACGUACUCGGGCUGGAACUAUCUGAAUUUCAUGACGGAGGAGCUAAGAAACCCGUUCGUGAAUCUGCCCAGGGCCAUUUACAUUUCUUUGCCUCUGGUCACGGGGAUUUACGUGCUGGCCAAUACGGCUUAUUUGUCGGUUUUGACGGUCGAUGAGAUGAUUUCCACUGAUGCUAUUGCAGUUACUUUUGGUAAUGCCAUACUGGGAAAAUUUGCUUGGAUUCUGCCCAUCAUGGUGGCCAUAUCAGCUUUCGGGGGUUUAAGUGUGCACAUUAUGGCAUCAUCAAGGAUGCUGUAUGUGGGAGCCAGAAAUGGCCAUUUCCCGUCGUUCUUAUCCCACUUAAAUAUCAAGAAGAACACUCCUGUGCCUAGUCUGUUUUUUCUGAACGGUUUAUCGUUGCUGAUGCUGUGCACCAGCGAUAUCCACCUACUCAUAGAAUAUUGCACGAUAGUCGAAUCGGCAUUCGUGAUGUUGUCUGUGGCGGGCCUGCUCUACCUCAGAUACACGCAGCCGGACCUGCCUCGGCCCAUAAAAGUCAAUAUUUUCUUUCCCAUAGCUUUCGUGGCCAUCUGCCUGUUUUUGAUAGUGCUGCCGAUUUUGGACACCCCUUUGGCGCUGUGCGGAGGAGCCCUGUGCACCUUGUCGGGCAUACCGUUCUACUAUUUCGGGAUACACGUCAAGCAGAAGCCCAAGUGGUUCCAAAAUUUUAUGAGAUCCCUAACAGUAUUUUCCCAAAAAAUAUUUGCCUCAGCACAUGAAGAAAAAUGAGGUUUUUAGUUUUAUUAAUAGACCAAAAAUAAUAUUUGUAUGCUAAAUAUGAAAUAUCGUGGACAAUACUCGAAAAUAUUGUUUUAAUUGAUAAUUUUUAUCAAUUUUGUCAUUAUUUAAAUAUUUGCCCUUUAUACAAUUCAAUUUAUCAGUAUAAAACAGUUUUUCU